AUGAAUCGUUUCUCCUUUUUUGUGGCGGUGUUUCUUUUAUGUGUUGUAAGUACAUAUGCUGUCAAAGUUGUGGAUGUUGAUGUUAUUUGCAAGAAUGUUGACAACACUCCUUUUUGUUUAAAUUUUCUAAAAUUAAAACAUGGUGUAGAUCUCGUUACCCUUGCUCAAUGCACAAUUGAUGCGGUGCGUAUUAAAGCAACUAGCAUAGUUAAUCUAACCACAUCACUAAUUUCUCAAGGUGGUAUUGAUUCUGAGGCAAAAGCUCAUUACGAAAGUUGUUUGGGAUAUUUUGGGUGGGAUGGUGCUCUUAGUGACCUGGUGACUGCUGAGAAAUACUUAAAAAGUGAAGAUUAUUAUUCAGUAAUAAAUGUAGCAAGUACUCUUAUAGUUGAUUAUAUGUAUUGUGUUGAAGGGGAAUCACCAGGUGAACUACCCUAUCCUGACAAAACAAAGAUACCAAAAUAUGCUAAAUUUAUUAAGGAAGUUGCUGCUAUUUUGCUUAGUAUAUCACAUUUGUUGUUAAAAAAAGUAGUUGUUUAG